AUUUGCAGCAAGAAGCAAUAACUUAACAUUAUUCCAAAGAGCAAAUGGGCACAUUUCAUUUCAACGGGUCAGUUAUUAGUUAUGUCUUGUCUUCUUUCUUUAAAGGGAAUGACUUGCCUCGUCGAUAUGGCGAGUUCCCUUUGGAGCUUGCCAACCUACCCAUAUGUGAUAUUGACCCCUACUACAGGGAUACACGGACCUUCAUGGUCGUGUCCAAGGGUGGUGCCAUCUACCGAUUCUCGGCUGGGAACGCUCUCUUCUUCCUCUCGCCCUUUCAUCCCAUUCGGAGAAUUGCUCUCUUGGUCCUCACUCAUCCCAUGUUCUCUUUCUUCAUCAUAUGCACCAUCCUGGUCAAUUGCUUCGUCAUGGUCCAAGAGGAUUCUGAGGAAUUAGCGUCCGUGGAGAUCAUCUUCACCGCCAUUUACACUUAUGAGUCCGCCAUCAAGCUAUUUGCACGUGGAUUGGUCAUGGAUAAGUUCACUUACCUUCGAGAUGCUUGGAAUUGGCUGGACUUCAUUGUGAUCGCCAUGUCCUAUGUGACCAUUGCCAUUGACUUGGGAAGCUUCUCGGCCCUCAGGACUUUCCGGGUGUUUCGAGCCAUGAAGUCCGUGGCUGUUAUCCCUGGCUUGAAAACCAUUGUCAGUGCCAUCAUGUACUCCGUAAAGAACCUGCGGGAUGUGAUUGUGCUCACCAUCUUCGUUCUGGCCGUGUUUGCCUUGCUUGGAUUACAAAUCUAUAUGGGCGUUUUGUCGCAGAUCUGUGUCAAGGAUUUCUUCACCGACAGUGAGUUCGUCAACAAAACGGGGAACAUUGAUCUUGACUAUGAGCUAUGGACCAACAAUGCAUCCAAUUGGUUUGCCUCACCCUCGACGGGUCAAUUGGUGAUGUGCGGCAACUCGUCAGGAGCCGGAAAUUGUCCCGAUGGAUUCACUUGUCUUAAGGGUGGACCCAAUCCCAACUAUGGUUACACGAGCUUUGAUAAUUUUGGAUCAGCAUAUCUUUGUGCAUUCCGAUUGAUGACCCAAGAUUAUUGGGAGAACCUCUACCAAAUCACCCUCAGAACAGCGGGGCCCUGGAAUAUCUUUUUCUUCAUGGUUAACAUUUUCCUAGGGUCAUUUUACCUGAUCAACUUGAUCUUGGCUAUUGUUGCCAUGUCUUAUGACGAACUUCAACGUCAAGCUGAAGAAGAGGCGAGAAAGGAAAUGGAAGAGCUAGAAGCUAUUCAGUGCGCUGAGGAAGCCGCUAUGACUGAAGCCGAGGCCGCUGCAGCUGAGGCAGUGGCGAAUCUUUCUUUGUUAGACUUUGGAGGAGGAAGCCUUGGCAGUGGCGAAUUCAAUCAUGGCUUCGAAGGAGACUCCUUUCAUGAACAGGACGCGGUGGUUUUGAAGGACGUGGUGAAUCAGAUGUCUAUCACUUCAUCAAUGAAAAGUUUAUCCGUUUACAUGGAUGACAAUGACGAGGAGGAGGAAGGGCCCAAUUGCAAAGAGGCUUUCAAAACUAACCUUGAAUAUGUGAUAUCAAUUCUGUGCAUUUGGGAUUGUGGGAUCGUGUGGAUCAAAAUGAGCGAAAUUCUAGCCAUCAUUGUUUUCGACCCUUUCAUGGAGUUGUUCAUUAUCCUGUGUAUUGUGGUUAAUGUCCUCUUCAUGACAUUGGAUCACUACAACAUAGACUACCAUCACAAUGGAGGCAUGUCGCCAUUUUUCACGUCGUUAUUGAACAAUGGGAAUUACUUCUUCACGGCGAUUUUCGCUAUUGAAUCUUUCGCCAAACUAGGGGCUAUGAGUCCAAGAUACUUCUUCACUGAUGGUUGGAAUAUUUUUGACUUUGUGAUCGUCAUCCUUUCCUUUGUGGAACUUUUGGCGGAGGGAAUUUCGGGUCUGUCCAUGUUGCGAUCUUUCCGACUCCUCCGAGUGUUCAAAUUGGCCAAAUCAUGGAAGUCUUUGAAUGAUAUCUUGAGCAUCAUGGCCAACACCUUUGGGGCACUCUCUUAUCUAACCUUCGUCUUGGGAAUCAUCAUCUUCAUAUUUGCUGUGAUGGGAAUGCAACUCUUUGGGUCGUAUUACGUCACCAAAGUUUGUAAUCCCAAGUGGAAUUGUGUCAUGCCCAGAUGGAACUUUACGGACUUUAUGCACAGUAUCAUGAUUGUCUUUCGAGUAUUGUGUGGAGAAUGGAUCGAGUCCAUGUGGGACUGCAUGUUUGUGGCUGGAGUGACCUGCGUUCCAUACUUCUUGGCUACCGUUUUAGUGGCCAAUUUGGUUAUUCUGAAUCUCUUUCUGGCUUUGCUACUCAGUAGCUUCUCUGAUAUGGGAGGUGGAGAAAAAGCUGAAGAUCAAGAAAAAGACAAGAUCCAAAUUGCUUUCGACCGAAUCGGAUGGUUCUUCACUUGUCAAAUGUGUAGAUCACCGAAAGGAAAAGACAAAGAGGAUGAGCCACCCCCACCAGAGACUCCAAGUGAUUUGGAUGGAAUGUCAAAGAAGGACUCGAUAAUUGGUAAUGGAAUUGACCUCAGCUACUCAAAGGGUGCCCUCUCCACAGCUUACGAGGAAGCUCCCGGGUACGAUAAAUUUAGCGAGACCAUCGACUACAGUCCGGCCGACGAGAUCCUGGUGGAAGAUUGUUGCCCUCAAAUUGUCUACAAGAUCUUCCCAUGUUGCCAUGGAAAUCCAGAGGAACCGUUUUGGCAAGUCUGGUCCAAACAUCGGCUCAUGGGCUCACAGUUGAUUGAAAACAAGUAUUUCGAGGGCAUUGUCCUCGUGCUCAUUUUGGUGAGCAGCUUUGUCAUGACCCUCGAGGACAUUUGGUUUGACACCAAGCCUCUUCUCAUUGACACCCUCUACUACCUGGAUCGAAUUUUGACGGGUGUGUUCUUCAUCGAAACAUCCUUGAAGCUCUUUUCCAUGGGAUUCAUCAAGUACUUCGGCAACGCCUGGUGUUGGUUGGACUUUGUGAUUGUUGCAGUGUCCCUGAUCAACUUUGGAGCCAGCCUUUUGGGAGCCGGCAACAUUCCCAUCUUCAAAACCAUGCGAACUUUGCGAGCCCUCCGUCCCCUGAGAGCCAUGGCUAAAUUAGAAGGGAUGAAAGUGGUUGUGAAUGCCUUGAUCGGAGCUCUACCGAGCAUAUUCAAUGUGCUAUUGGUUUGUCUGAUCUUUUGGUUGAUAUUCGCCAUCAUCGGUGUGAACUUCUUCAUGGGCCGGUUUUACAAAUGCAUUGACCCCAACACGGGUGUGCGAUUUAGCCACGAGGUCAUUCCAAAUAUGACCAUGUGUAAUUCGUCUAUCACGGGAUUUCCCGCAGAAUGGGUCAAUUCUAGAGUGACCUUUGACAACGUGGGGAUGGCUUACUUAGCCUUACUUCAGGUGGCCACGUGGAAAGGUUGGAUCGACAUCAUGAACGAUGCCAUUGAUUCUGUGGAUCGUGGCAAGCAGCCUCAUCGCGAGGUCAACAUCUAUAUGUAUAUCUACUUUGUGUUGUUUAUUGUUUUGGGCAGUUUUUUCACAUUGAAUCUCUUGGUGGGUGUGAUCAUUGACAAAUUCAAUGAGCAAAAGAACAAGGGCGGGUCCUCACUGGAUGCUUUCAUGACUGAGGAUCAAAGGAAAUACAUCGCAGCCAUGAAAAAGGCUUCCACCAAGAAGCCGUUAAAAGCCUUGCCCAGACCUUUUUGGAAGCCCCAAGCCAUUGUAUUUGGCAUCGUCACCAACAAGAAGUUUGACAUGAUUAUCAUGGGGUUUAUAGCCCUGAAUAUGGUUGCGAUGAUGUGCGAUCAUUAUGAUCAAAGUCCUAAUUGGACGUUUGUCCUGGAUAACAUGAACAUGUUUUUCAUCGUGGUUUUUACGACUGAAAUGCUGUUAAAGCUGUUUGCACUUCGCCAUCAUUACUUCUCGGAGCCGUGGAAUUUGUUCGACUUUGUCGUGGUCCUUCUGUCCUUGGCGGGCCUUUUCCUCAGCGAUCUCAUUGCGAAAUAUUUUGUAUCCCCAACUUUGCUCAGAGUGGUCCGGGUGGCCAAAAUUGGCCGGGUUCUGCGUCUCAUCAAAGGGGCCAGAGGGAUUCGAACCCUGCUCUUCUCUCUCGUGAUGGCAUUUCCCGCCCUCAUUAACAUUGCUUUACUCCUCUUUUUGGUCAUGUUCAUUUUUUCUGUGUUCGGGAUGUCCCUUUUCAAGAAUGUAAAAAUAACCACCGGAUUCGACGACGUCCACAACUUCCAAACUUUCACCAAAACUUUCACGCUUCUUUUUCAAAUUUGCACAUCAGCGGGUUGGGCCGAGGCUUGGUUGGCCAUAAGUAAUGAGAAAAACUGCACCGAACCUGAUCCAGAAACCGGGAGCUCUGGCAAUUGUGGAAGUAAUAUCGCUGCGGUCAUCUUCAUGAUCUUGUACCUAGUUCUGACCUUCCUGAUCAUCGUCAAUAUGUACAUUGCUGUCAUCCUCGAGAACUAUUCACAGGCUAGCGAGGACGUCCAAGAAGGAAUCACAGAUGAGGAUUACGAGCUUUUCUACGAAGUGUGGCGCGAGUUUGACCCUGAAGGAACCCAGUAUAUGCCUUUUAAGAAUUUAUCCGAGUUUUUGGAUGUGCUUGAGCCUCCGCUUCAGAUCAGAAAGCCCAACAAGUUCAAGAUUGUGCAAAUGGAUAUCCCUAUCGUCAGAUUUAUUAACCCCGAGACGGGUCAAACGCGCGAAGAUUGUGUUUUUUGUGCGGAUAUCCUGGAUAUUCUCACGCAAGACUUUUUCGCUCGGAAGGGCAACAAAAUCGAGGAAUCCCCGCACGUUGAGCAUGUCAAGGUGACCACAUUCGCGGAUCGUCCGGGUUAUGAACGAGUCUCUUCAUCCGUUUGGAAACAACGAGAGAGUUAUUGCGCCUCACUCAUUCAGCGAUCCUUCAAGUAUCACGCUUCUUUGCAGUCGUGAAUAGUUAGGCAAAUUAUUUUUGGACAAUAAACCAUGAUGUAUGUAUUCUAUAAA